UUCCUCUGUGCCACUCUUCUUCUUUCAAGAAACCCAAAGAAGAGAGUAAAAACUUAGUUUUCUCUCAAAUUCUUCAUUUUUUUCACUAUACUCGCUUUACCAAUGGCUUUACUUGUCGAGAAGACAACCUCAGGCCGCGAGUACAAGGUUAAAGACAUGUCUCAAGCUGAUUUUGGACGUCUCGAAAUCGAGUUAGCUGAAGUAGAAAUGCCAGGUUUAAUGGCAUGUAGAACUGAAUUUGGACCAAUGCAACCAUUUAAAGGUGCUAAGAUUACUGGGAGUUUACAUAUGACUAUACAAACUGCUGUUUUAAUUGAAACAUUAACUGCAUUGGGUGCUGAAGUUAGAUGGUGUUCUUGUAAUAUAUUUUCAACACAAGAUCAUGCUGCUGCUGCUAUUGCACGUGAUAGUGCUGCUGUUUUUGCAUGGAAGGGUGAGACUUUGCAGGAAUACUGGUGGUGUACUGAGAGGGCACUUGAUUGGGGUCCAGGUGGUGGGCCCGACCUGAUCGUCGAUGAUGGUGGCGAUGCUACGCUUUUGAUUCAUGAAGGUGUAAAAGCUGAAGAGGAAUAUGCUAAGUCUGGGAAGUUGCCUGAUCCUAGUUCGACCGAUAAUGCUGAGUUUCAGCUUGUGCUUACUAUUAUUAGGGACGGGUUGAAAACUGAUCCUUUAAAGUAUACAAAGAUGAAGGAGAGACUUGUUGGUGUUUCGGAAGAGACUACUACUGGUGUUAAGAGAUUAUAUCAAAUGCAGGCUAAUGGAACUUUGCUUUUCCCUGCUAUUAAUGUCAAUGACUCUGUCACCAAGAGCAAGUUUGACAACUUGUAUGGAUGCCGCCACUCACUGCCUGAUGGUCUCAUGAGGGCUACUGAUGUUAUGAUUGCCGGAAAGGUUGCCCUUGUUGCUGGUUAUGGAGAUGUCGGAAAGGGUUGUGCUGCUGCCUUGAAACAAGCAGGUGCCCGUGUGAUCGUAACUGAGAUUGACCCAAUCUGUGCUCUCCAGGCUACCAUGGAAGGCCUGCAAGUUCUUCCCCUCGAGGACGUCGUUUCCGACAUCGAUAUCUUUGUCACCACAACUGGUAACAAGGACAUCAUCAUGGUUGACCACAUGAGAAAAAUGAAGAACAACGCCAUUGUUUGCAACAUUGGCCACUUUGACAACGAAAUCGACAUGCUCGGUCUCGAGACUUUCCCUGGAGUGAAGAGAAUUACGAUCAAGCCCCAAACCGACAGGUGGGUUUUCCCCGACACCAACAGUGGCAUCAUUGUCUUGGCCGAGGGUCGUCUCAUGAACUUGGGAUGCGCCACUGGACACCCCAGUUUUGUCAUGUCGUGCUCGUUCACGAACCAAGUCAUUGCUCAGCUUGAGUUGUGGAAAGAGAAGGCGAGUGGAAAGUAUGAGAAGAAGGUGUACGUCUUGCCAAAGCACCUCGACGAGAAGGUGGCUGCCCUUCAUCUAGGAAAGCUCGGAGCUAAGCUUACUAAGCUCUCCAAGGACCAAGCUGAUUACAUUAGUGUACCGGUUGAGGGUCCUUACAAGCCUGCUCACUACAGGUACUGAGGAAAGACAAAACGAGACUGGAAAACACAAACACAAUCUUAUGGCAUGGUGUCUUCUCUUUUUAAUACUUUGAUUCUGUUCUGUUGGGGUUAUUUUGGUGGGGUUUUGGAAUAUUUGCUGGAAAUGAAAUGGUCUUAUUUGAAGGAAGACCAAAAUGUGUUGAUAAAUGUUUGAAUAUGGAGGUGGUGUAAUAUGAUGUUAUAGCUACUGGAUUCCAUUUUGUUUUGUUUUAUGACUUUCUUUGAAGAUAUUGAUGUACCACUUGCCAUAUUCAGUGAAUUGCAGUUUUUAUCCAUACAAAUUUUAGUA